AGUGAUGUCUGUCACACGAUCGCUGUUCCUCUCUAAUUUUCCUGCUAUUUCUGCGGUGCUAAUUUUAGUUUCACUACCGGCAGCUUCUCGGUCAGUCGUCUAAAUGCGCUGAUAAAAAUUCAUAUAUGUUUUUCGUAACCUCGUUAUUCAGAUAAAGACGCAUUUCCAGGAGAGAUGGAGUAUCCAAACCAGAGUGGGUUCAGACAGCGUAAGUUACAGCCGAACGUCAGGAUGCGAGGGGCCCCGGCGGACCCCAGCGACCCCGGCGUGCUGUUUGACGACACCAGCUCCGGAGGGAACAAACGCGAGCAGAGCGGUGCAGGAAAAGCCCCCGACGCGUACCCGGGACAGGCUUUGCUCUCGGAGCCCAUGUCUAACCUCGCCAUGGCCUACGGCAGCAGCCUGGCCUCCCACGGCAAAGAGAUGAUGGACAAGAACCUGGACCGGUUCAUCCCCAUCUCUAAGCUGAAGUAUUAUUUUGCGGUGGACACGGUGUAUGUGGGCAAGAAGCUCGGCCUGCUGGUGUUUCCCUACAUGCACGACAACUGGGAGGUGAGCUACCAGCAGGACACUCCGGUCGCCCCGAGGUUCGACAUCAACGCCCCUGACCUGUACAUUCCCGUGAUGGGGUUCAUUACCUAUAUUCUGGUAGCGGGACUGGCUCUGGGCACACAGAACCGGUUUUCUCCGGAGAUCCUGGGCAUUCAGGCCAGCUCGGCGCUGGUGUGGCUUAUCAUUGAGGUUCUGGCUGUUCUUCUCAGUCUUUAUUUGAUCACGGUUAACACCGACCUCACCACCAUCGACCUGGUGGCCUUCUCUGGAUACAAAUAUGUUGGGAUGAUUGUGGGCGUGAUAGCAGGACUUCUGUUUGGCCGGAUGGGAUAUUACCUCUCGCUGCUCUGGUGCUGCGUCUCUAUUUUUGUUUUUACGAUUAGGACACUGCGGUUAAAGAUCCUGUCUGAAGCGGCCGCGGAGGGUCGGUUAGUGCGAGGAGCCAAAAACCAGCUGCGGAUGUACCUGACGAUGGCCAUCGCUGCGGCGCAGCCUGUCUUCAUGUACUGGCUGACCUUCCAUCUGGUCAGAUAAGAGCCGCGGGUGUCUGGAGGAUCAGCCAUAUCGUUCGUCCCGCAGCAGUCACAAACGUCUUUUUGCACACGUUUAAUAAACCAAUGGACACGCGUCGUGCAUCUUCACAGCACAAUACGAACGAUCUGAACUGCAAUUGCCCAGCAGUCUUUUGUAUGUUUUGGUUUGGACAUUUCUAAGAGUCUCUGUUGGUUUUUGUUUUGUAUAAUGUACAGCGUAAUUGUAUUUUUUUUAAUGUAAAACUGUGUUUGUUUGCAAACAAAAGGUCGUAGAUACCGUGGCUUGAGAAACAUGAACGUGACUGUUUGGUGGCCGAAAGACCGAUGAA